AUGCUGGGAACCGGUCGGGUACACGAGGCGUUCUCUGGGCGGGGCCCCACGCCUGCGUCCUGGCGGCCGGCCAGCCCUUCUUCACAGACAAGCUGCUGCUGGCGUCACUCUGAAAUCUCUGGUGCACGCUUGCGUGGCCUGGCGAAACCGGGUGAAGCAGCUGGUGCGAUUUCCAUGUACAGCGGCCUCGCUUGGUUGGUUGCUGCAGGGGUCGCAGGCCCUCUGCAUUCCUCACCGCCGCCAGCAUCCUGCGAUCAAGGGACUGGUCAUUGGACGAGGUGCUCACCAGAUCAUCUUCAGAGGAAGGCAGCAGCAGGGGCGGCGAGUGCAGCUGCAGCGGCGGCGGCGGCGGCGGCAGCAGGAGGAGGGAUGCUCGGAGGAGUUCUCCCGAAACAAGAAGAGCGUGGCGGGGGGAAAGGGACAGAGAGAGGAGGCAGUGGAAGCUGCUCUGUUGGCGGUGGGGGUGGAGGUUACGCUAACUUCUCCAACUUCAUGGCUGAGUGUGCGGCUAGUAACAUGGGCGGGGGGUUAGGGGGUGCCAGCGUCAAUGUCAGUGAGAGCGGCCCAGGCCCGAUGGAGCAAGCGAACACCGUGAGUCUGAUGGCGCUGGGCGACAUGGGCCCCGGCUCCAUGUGUGGCGGUGACGGACUGGGCUCUGGGGCCGGCGCAAUCCUCAUGAAGCAGAGCUCCAGCUGUACUCAGGACGUCAGGUACAAGCUCCGAGACCUGUUGGCACAAACGGCCAACGGAGCCAGCACCAGUAGCACAGGGGGCUGCAGCUCCGGCGUGGGCAGCGUGGACAGCAUCGGCAGGGACAGCCUCCGCGGCAACACAACCGACCUCUCUGAUGACCUCGUGGGGAUGGACAGAUACAGCGAGGAGGAGGACUUGGACGGGAGGGAGCGGGGAAGAGACGGAGACAGAGACAGGGGGGCGAGCCACAGCCGCAAGCAGAGGCAGCCGCUAAGACUCCAGGUGCUGGGAGGAGAGGGAGUGGUGGUGAAAGAUGAAGGGGUUCAGGACACAGAUGGGACGGUCUACGCCUUGGAGGACGGGAGACGAGAUGGAGAGCAGGAGGGCUCCCAGGAAUCCAUGGCAGGCUUUGGACAGGAUUUCUAUGAUGAGCAGGGGGUGUUUUCUGAGAGUUUCUGGCCCCAGAGUGAGCCUCCUCAGGCCAUGGCUUUCAACCCCAGAGGAAGGGUCAACAAGCCUCUGACUCCGCCUCCAACCACACAGUCCAUCAACAACCAGCUUCUUUUCCAGUACCCAGUGAGCCAGUCGCAGCCAGCUCCGUUCUACGUGGGCGGGCCCAUGGGUGGGAUUGACAGCAUGGCGGGGACGGAGCCCAGUCAGCAGGCCCCUCCCCCGGCGCCGAUGACCCCGGCCCCGCCUCCCUCCACCUCCUCCUGCUCUGCGGGCCCCUCCCCUUCCUCCCAGGGAUCUGAGACCUCGUUCGACUGCACGCACUGUGGCAAAUCUUUACGUUCCAGGAAGAACUACAGCAAGCACAUGUUCAUCCACUCCGGUCAGAAACCUCAUCAGUGCUCCAUCUGCUGGCGCUCCUUCUCCCUGCGCGACUACCUCCUCAAACACAUGGUGGUGCACACUGGCGUCAGGGCCUUCCAGUGCUCCAUGUGCGGCAAGCGCUUCACCCAGAAAAGCUCGCUCAACGUGCACAUGCGCACCCACCGUGCCGAGCGCACCUUCCAGUGCAACGUGUGCCACCGGGCCUUCACCCACCGCACCUUGCUGGAACGCCACGCCCUGCAGCACGCCCACCACGCCCCCCAGGCCCAGGGCCAAGGCCAGGGGCGUGGGCCCGACAUGACCUCACCUACCAAGCACAGCCCUCCGGCUCUGGGAGGGCCCUCAGGUAUGGCUGGUGCAGCUGGCAUGGUCGGCAGCAUGGCCAACAUGCCCAGCCACGGAGCUUCCUCCACCUAGAGAGAGAAGGGGAGAUAUGGGGGAGAGGUUAGUGAGCCCAUUCCUUGAACCGACACUUAAUUGGUCCUAACAGCCUUGUUGAUCUGUUGUUCUGGUGGGAACAGCGCUUAUUGGUUCCCAUUGAUUUAGCUCAAUGACACCGUCAAUCAGGGUUCCUACACAGGGCUUUUAAAGUUUGAAAAUUAUGUAAAUUUAAAGGUGUUUUGGAAUUGCAAAAAAUCCAGGAAAAGUUUGUAAAAAUAGGUGUUCCCUACACCCAUCUUAAGUAGUUGUAGUCCUGCUGUCAUUUCCUGUGUUGUGACAUUUGUUGUGACGACCAAUCAUAAGAGUGACAUCACUACCAAUCACACAGCUUGUUGAACAGCCAUCCAAAAAACAGCAAAAAAGGUUCUUAGAGAGGAGGAAGUCUUGAAUUUUAAAACAGAGAAUGUGUAGGAACCCUGUUUCGAAGACGCCAGAGAGUCACCAAAGAGGUUAGGAAUACAGAGCGGGUUUGGGAGUCGGCAAGGGCGACGGGGGGUCGUAGGAUUUCUAGGUGGAGGUGAGGGAUGGAGAUUGGGGUUAUAUGGAGAUGCAAGUUAGGGGAAAUAAGGGGAAGGAAGGGUUUGGUGGGGAGGGGGGUUACGGGGUUUUAUUCACCCUCAAUUCAGUUAAUUCAAGGUGGGAACUGGAGUUCACUCAGUUCUGCCCUGUGUAUCUUUAAGUCUUGUUGUAGCAGAUGUUCAUCCCGAGUGGGCGAGUAAAAUGUAAAAAUAACCGAUAAAGUUAUGAAAACUAUGAAACAAAUGGGCCAAGUUGUAAUGAAAAACAUUUCUUUAAAAUGCAGAGCUGUUUUAAAAUGAAAGGUGUCGUAUUAGCUUUCUUCAGAAGUUAGCUCAUUGGCAGUCUCUAAAAAUAUGGACAGUCUGUAAGUGGAAGCUUGACUAACCUAACUGUGAUGACAGUUUACCAGCUUUUUCUCUUCCUUCUGGUUAUUUUUACCCAUCAUAACAUACUUGAGGCACAUGCAAAUCCACCCUUACAAAACAAUGGCCUCCUAGUUGGCUUGCUAGCAAGCGCUUGAUGACCUGAAACGGCUAUAAAUUGAGCCGUUGGUUUGAAAAGGAGGAACUUCCUUUCUGAGCCUCUGUGCUGAAACCUGGAUUUAAACAUCCCUGCCUCAUUAUUUACUAGUGAACCCUUCAAAAAAGGAAAGAAUAAGGUUUUCCAAACAACUUAACAGGACACCAGCUGUGGUCAAACAGCUCCAUGUAAAGUUAAACUCUGAAAGGAUCGAUUAAAUAGCACUAGAGAGCACUUACAUUUCAGUUUUGUUUAUUUGUGUAUUUGUUUUUAUAUUGAUGUGUCUCCGGCUGAAUGAAAGUGAAUCCAUACAUGGUCCAUGUAAUGUAAUUGUUAGCUAGCCACAAGCUAAUGACUCUGCAGUCGCAUUCACUGUCUGCAGUCCAAAACAAAUGCCAUUCCCUUUGAGUUUAAACGCACCUUAAGAGACACAUUGUUGGAAACAUUUUCCCAUUUUUGAAAAAAAUGCACUUCCUGAAUUAACUGAAUUGAUUGUGAACGGAGCCCGGCGCUAUUCAGGAGCAAACCAGGGUGACAAAGAGGGGUGUUGAUGAGUGAUUGGAUGAAGAAGGAAAAAGUAGUCCGAGCAGAGUGAGACUACAGC